AUGUAUGUCGACGACGAUCCACAAAAUGUGACCAAAAUAAAAUCGCAUUUGGUGAUUGAUAUGCAGAACCAUAAUGAUAUCAUCAAGGAGAAAUUGAGUGACUAGCCUCGAAAGGUGCUGAUUUUGAAUACCGGUGGAACCAUAUCAAUGUUUCCAUCUUAAACAGGAUAUGUCACAAAAACGGGUGCUCUAAAAAACUUCCUUUAAAACAACCCGUUCUCUUGUGACAUGGAUUACACCUACUUCAAGGCUACUGACGAUUUUCUAAUUACUCCUAUAACCGCCUUUAACCGAAGGAUAUGGUUUAAAGUGGAGGAAUUGGAGAAGUUGCUUGACUCUUCGAACAUGAAUUCAGAUGAUUGGGUAACCAUAGCAGAGAGGAUCGAAACAGCCUAUAAACAAUAUGACAGCUUCAUCAUUCUGCAUGGAACAGACACAAUGGCAUACACUGCAAGUGCCUUAUCCUUCAUGUUCCAAAACCUAUCCAAAACAGUGAUAUUGACAGGCAGUCAAGUUCCUUUAUCACAACCGAGAAAUGAUGGGUUUACUAAUUUUCUGAAUGCCCUGACCAUAGCUGGACAUUUCACCAUCCCAGAAGAUAAAUUGUUGAGAGGGAAUAGAGCUUAGAAAGUGAAUUCUUCCUCUUUGGAUUCAUUUGAUUCUCCCAAAUUCACUCCUCUAGGAUAUUUCGGAGUGAACAUUAGCAUUAAAUGGGAUAUCAUCCUAAAGAAUCCCAACGAAGAGAAUCUCUAAGUGAGUAAGAAAUUCUGCACGAAUAUCAGUUUGAUACGUCUGAAUCCCUUAUUAAAUCAUGUCACUCUAAAUGAGAUAUUCAAGAACGAAAAGUUGAAAGGAGUCGUGAUAGAGACAUAUGGAGCAGGCAAUAUGUAAACAGAGGAGAAGUUUUGUAAUGAAAUCGCUCAGGCAGCCAAAAGAGGAGUAGUCAUAGUCAACAUCUCCCAAUGUCAUACAUCCUAAGUCGAAAUGCUCUAUGAGACAGGCAUCAUAUUUGAGAACAUGGGAGUUAUAAGCGGAGGAGACAUGACAUCAUAAGCAGCCUUUACCAAACUGGGGUAUCUAUUAGGCCAGACUGACGACGUUGAUGAGAUAGAGGAGGAAUUCCAAAGGGAUAUCAGAGGGGAGUUGACCGAGUCUGGCGGUGCGGCUGAGACUGAACCCUUUUUGAUGGCCUUGUCAUCAGCCAUCAAACAGUAACACUCUAAGAUAGAUUUGAAUAAAGAUCUAGUGUUUCCAAAUAUCUUGUGUCAGAUUUGUGUUCAGAAGAGGAAACUGUCUUCGAUGAAAUUGUCAAAGAUUGAAAUCAAUUAUAAAGCUUAAGACUAUGACAAGAGAAGCAUAUUACAUGUGGCUGCAAGGGAAGGAUCGUUGGAGAUUGCUGAACUCAUUUUGAGGAAAUGCUCAUAGAUUGUUAACAAUGUAGAUAGAUGGAAACAUAGUCCCAUGUACGAAGCCGUAAUGGCCAAGAAUACGCAGAUGAUCUAGUUGCUCUUGAGAUUCCAAGGCAAAUUGAUUGCUCCAAUUAAAGAGUUAACCCAACUCUUGAUGCAGGAUGUUGCGAAUGGCAAGGAGGAGAUGCUCAAUCUCUUUUACGAAGCUGGUGAAAGAGAUUUCACCCAAUACAGAACAGAGGACAACAGAACUGUUGCUCAUUUGGCUGUGUCGGUUGGCAACGAUGCCGCUUUGCAAUUCCUCUCUAACCCGGGAGUGAUUUUUGAUUGGUAGGUCCAAGACAAGUUUGGCAGAAUACCGAAGGACGAGAAACUUUUAUAGAAAAGACUAUUAAAAAGGUGA